AUGACUUCUUGGAGUCUCAGUCUGGCUUCUGCCCUCCUGUGUUUCUUGGUGUCGGUGGCGGUUGGAGAACCCAGCUGUGAGGGCGUGGAGGAUUUUGGCCGCUGCGCUGGAGACAAAGGCGACUUCUGCCCCAGAGACAUUGACUGUAGCUGUAAAAGCGGCCGUCCGUUCUGCAGCUGCCCGUUCUACACAGGCCCAAAUGGAAAUUACUGGUACUUGGGUGAAAAGUGCGACCAUCUGUGGAGCACCCUGGACAUGAUUGUCAUCGCCGUGUUCCCUGCCGCGGCGCUGGCCUUUGUUGUCGCCGUCACAGCGCAGCUCAUCCACUUCUGCAAGACAAAACCAAAGAGCAAGAAGGUGAAAGAGCCAAAGAGGAAGUCAGAGCGAGAGGCGAUUAUCACGCACCAGAACCAGGCAUUCAUCCCUGAGGCGAGUCCCGGCAAUCAGUACACGGAACAGUCACUGGGUGAUUUCCUUACAAAAUCGCAACCAAAAGCAGAAACCUCACAGUGGAACGCCCCCGCAGCCAAAGCCCCAAAACCUUAUGGGCUAAAGUAUUACUCAGAUAUGGCGCCAGCUGACCAAUCCUCCAGUUACAUUGAUGGAAGGCAGCAACCUCAGUACAACGACCAAAGAGUCCCUGAGCAGGACUACCCGAGCUACGAGCCACGGGGACAGCAGCAAUAUUCUAGGUUCUCAGGGGCCAUGAUCCCUCCUGCCGAUUACCAAGACAAAGGACCAGAGCUGUCCAGCCCAAACGCCGGCUGGACCAACAGGCCUUAUAGUUUUGGGCGUCCACAAGUGAGAAGCGGCUACGACUAUUAGGACCCACGAUAAUCGCCAGAAUUUUCUGGAU